CGCAUCCCGUUAUCAAUUCCAGCCACACUUAGAAAACAAUCAGUCGCAUUCAGGCCCUUGAAGUGUUCGCAUCGGGUGCCCGGGAAUUCGAACCAGCAACCAUGGCAAAGUACGAUCCCAAAGCCAACCUAUGGCGCGGUCCGGCCUGUCCAAGCGUGCGCAAUCCGGAGGCCAACUUGGGUCAAAUCGUGAUCGAUUGCCUGUCGCAGAAUCCCGCCAAAGUAAUCCAGAUCAACGCGGAUGAUGGCGCUGAGAUGAGCUGCGCAGAGAUGAAAAGGAAGAUCGCGCGAGUUGUGCAUCACUUGAGGCAGUUGGGAUUGCGGAAGGGGGACUUUGUAUCGCUGGCCUGUGGAAGCAGUGAAAAUGUGGUUCCAGUGUUCAUUGGAUGUUUGUCGCUUGGGGUUGUGGUCAAUCCGUUGGCGCCGGUGUUCAGCAAGGAUGACUUUGCGCACAUGAUGAAGUUGACGCAGUCGAAGGCGGUGUUCUGCGACGUAGAUAAUCGAGAAGUGGUUGAACAAGCCGUUGAAGAGGCCAUUAAGGUGAAACCAGCGAUGUUUGUGUUUGGGAAAGCUGGUGGAAGUUGUAGGUCCGUUGAAGAUCUGAUGAGUCCGGUAGCUGGGGAAGAUGAUUAUAUACCGGAAUACCUGGGAGAUUCGAAUCAACUCAUGGCUAUGGUAUUGUGCUCAUCGGGAACAACUGGACUCCCCAAGGGAGUCUGUCUGUCGCAUGCCAAUCUAAUCGAGGGAGACGUAUUCAGAGAGGCCCACAACUGCGGACCAAUCUUCAACUUCAGUGCCCUGUUCUGGGCAACUGGAAUGUUCGCCGUACUAACAUCGCUGUUCUACACCAGAACACGUGUCCUAACCUCCCAACCCUUCAACGAGCAACUCCUCAUCGAAAUCCUCACCAAGUACAACGUGGAAGACGUGUUCACUCCACCAGCGUACGUCGCAGCCCUGCAGAACUACCCGAACUUCAACCGCCUAUCCUUCCCCAGCGUCAAGCAGUGGACCAUGGGCGGUGCAAUGGUCACCCAACAGAUGAGCUCAAACCUGUCCAAGCAACUUCCGAACGGCGUAGCCGGGCCCAUUUACGGAACCUCCGAAAUGGGCAUCAUCAGCCGAAUUCCGGUCGCCCCCGGUUCCGUAGGAACCCUGGUCCGCAACAUCGAGGUGAAGAUCGUCGACGACGACGGUCACCGACUGGGACCAAACCAAAAAGGAGAGAUCAGAUUGAAGCACAAACACCCGAUGCUCGGCUAUCUGUACAACGCGGACGCAACGCUAGCCGCGUUCGACGAGGAAGACUUUUUCAAAUCGGGUGACGUCGGAUAUUUCGACUCGGACGGCUACCUCUACGUGAUCGAUCGCAUCAAGGACAUCAUCAAGUUCAACAACUACCAGAUUUCCCCAUCGGAUUUGGAAACGAUCAUCGAGAAGAUCGACGGAGUGAAGCUGGUUUGCGUGGUAGGAGUUCCGCUUGCGGAUAAGUCCGGGGAUUUGGCCACCGCGGUAAUCGAACGUAACGAGGGAGCUAAGCUGACGGAGCAGGAGGUUGUUGGCUUCGUCGAUGGGCAGGUCAGCGAUUUCAAGAGGUUACGUGGUGGAGUUAGGUUUGUGGAUGAGCUGCCAAAGUCGGCUGCAGGUAAGGUGCUGCGAAGGAUGGUCAAGGAGAUGGUUUUGAAAGAGGAAGAGAAGAGUGAUCGUUAGUAUUAAGAUGUAUAUUAACAUAUUUUACCAGGUAGUUUGAUUGUAAAAGUUGUACGUGAAAUAAAUAUUUUUUGCAAAUUAAA